CGAUAACGGUGUAACUAAAAUGGCUGCAAUAUUCAACAUACUUCAGAAGUUCAGACUGGAAUCUUACUACAACCAGUUUUUCCAGUUGGGCGUGAAGGAUGAACGAGAUUUCUUGGAUAGCAUUACAGAUGAAGACUUAAACAACCUGGGUUUAAGUCAUGUGGAGAGGAAUCGAUUUUCCUCCAUGAAAGACUCCAUUCAAAGACUCAGAGCUCCAGAGCGCCAAGUUCAAACUGUGACCCCUGUGCAAAAAUCACUGGAGCCGUACUAUCUGCGCUACGUAUACCCUAAAUAUCCUAAAGGGAAACAAAUCAGAGAUAUGGAUCCAGCUCAAAACACCAUCGAGGACCUGAUGUUAAGAAUCGGUCAUCUUGAAAGUAUUGGCAAUUCCAAAGGAGUCUGUCUCUACACAGCCGAUGGCAUGCCUUUGACAGAUGAUCCCUUCUUCAACACAUGGUCUUUGAAAGACAGACAUAUUCAGAACAAAGAUGUAAUCUAUGCCAUCUUCACACCGAAGGAAAACCUGAAACAGACUCUUUCUAUACAAAAACGAGAGGUCCGCGAGACCUAUGGAGACGAUGUGGUUCGAUGCCACAUCAUGCUCAAGGGAUACUUUGAGGUGACGGUGAACUUGGCCAGUGACACCAUAACCAGUCUGAGACUCAAGCUGGCAAAUGAAAGUGGAAUCCCAGCACAUGUCCUUUGCUACAAAGGUCAACAUAGUUGUGGUGACACACUGCAGAGCUGUGGAAUCUCUCAGGGCUCAACACUUCACUUCUCUUUGUCCACGUUUCCUGACGAUACUCCGCACAAUGAGACGUUCUUCAUUCAUGAUGUUGUGCCGUCAGUCCAGCAGACUCAGAAAGGAAUCAGCGUGUUCUUAUCUUCACUUUAUGCUCUUAAACAUCAGAAUAAAACAAAGAAAGAGACACUGAUCUCCUACAUACGAAAACUGACCACAUGUCAUCCUCUCGCCCAAAGUUUGCAUCAGUUGCUCUGCAGGAAUGAAAUGCUGACCAGGAACCAGAAGAUUGCAGUCAUUGAGGGCUUGUACAUACUCUUCAGAGAGCUUUUGCCUCAACGCGGAACACAACGAGGAGAAAAAGUCAUCGAGGACCUGGAUGUCUUUGAGAAUUCUCUGUACUGCUGGGCACACCUCAUAUCAGAGGCAAAGAAACAGGCAGCGGUCAAGGAUAACUUCGCACCAAUCACUCUCACGGCUGAAGAUGGCAGCCGUUUCUGCGAACCAGUCAGGGUGCCCGGAGUACCCGGCGUCUUUGAACGAGCACACGUUCUCCAGAAAAUCAAAGAUGGAGAGAAAAUUCCAAACUGCACCGAAGAGAUUUUGAAAGAAACGUCAUUACAGAGAGCCAACGACAUUGAAAAAAUCCUGCUCAGUCUGCCUCCGUCCAUCAAAACAUAUCCUCUGUGGAUUAAUCGUGGCAAGAUAAAGUAUCAGAACUUUCGGAUAGAUAUGAAGAAGACUUUUGGCAGUAUGGUGGAAGAAUUAAAAGCUCCCUCCAAUCAGUACCUCAAUGUGACCCCACCUCUGCAUCUGAAGGAGCUCGGACAUUGUGAGAAUCGCCUUGUCCUGCUGAGCGAAGACAACCUUGGUGUGAGUUUGCAAAAAGACAAAGGGUCUCCAGAUAUGAUCCACGUGCAUGAUUGUUUGGAUGGCAAACGAAAAACAGUGGAUGUGAAUCUGUUGGCAGCAAGGACCGGUGACCAUAGAGAUGAUCGAACAUUUGUCACAACCAGAUGUCCAAAAGAAGCAAUACUGGUGCUGAUAGAUACAAGCUCCUCGAUGGAAGAAGAGUGCUACGACAGUGCAGAAAUAAAGAAAAUAAACGUGGUCAAAGAGCUCUUUGACAACUUUGCAACAAGGAGCAUGGCUUAUGAUUUCUAUCACAUCAUUGGCCUCAUGAAGUUCGACUCCAUGGUGAAAACUCUCCACACAUUCACUGAAAAUCUGGAAAAGUUCAAGGAACACAUCCGUAACCUCGAGGCGAGCGGAUGUACUCUGCUGUACGACGCUCUGCGACGAGGGGCGUCCGAGCUGGAAAAGGUCAAAGCGAGGUUCCCAGAGUGCAGACUUCGCAUCAUGUGUCUCACUGAUGGAGAUGAUUCUGGAUCCUCCAUAGAGCCGGUCGCUGUCACCGCCAAACUGCUAAACUCCAACAUCAUUGUGGAUUCAAUCCUUCUUGGAAAUGUGGAGAACAAUAUGCUGCAUGGAAUCAGCAAUGCAACAGGUGGUUGCUGUUUCAAACCAAAGACAACCAAAGAGGGUCUGAGGCUCUUUGAGAUUGAGACUGUUCUCUCUUUGGAGCAGAGGACACUGAAGGAAAAACUUGACCCGUCUUCCAUCAGUGAGGAUAUCUUGAAAACAAUCUUCGCUACUCACGGGUAUGACGAAUCUCCAGAGACGUCCAUGCCAAGCCAGUUAAACAGCAAAGUGACAGUGACAGAGUGCACUCUGAAAAAGAGGAUAUCCGAGUUAAAACCACGGGAUUAUUUUCGCGAGAAGGACAAACGUAUCAUGGCGGAGCUGAGGAGUCUGCAUUGUGACCCUCAUCCCUUCUUCAGAGUCUUUCCAUCAGAGUCAGACUUCACGUUCUGGAAGAUUCUCAUGGAGGGUCCUCCUGACACGCCGUAUGAGAAAGGAGUGUUUGAGCUGUACUGCCAGUUUGGCCCCGAGUACCCAGUGAAGCCUCCACUCGUCCGCUUUGUCACACAAGUGUACCACUGCAAUGUCAACAGUGUGGGACGCAUCUGCCACAACAUAUUUGACCGCAACUACAAUGCCCACAUCACCAUGAGAGAGAUCCUCGAAGCUGUGUACGGACUGCUCAUCAUCCCUGAGCCUGAUGAUCCACUGGACAGCAUUUUGGCCGAAGAAUUCCUGACGAGCCGUGAGACGUAUGAACAAGAAGCCGAGAAACACACAGAGGAAACAGCAGGACACUCACUGGAUGACAUGGAGAAAAAAUUGGUGGACUCUGUGCAACAAUUUGUACCCCAACACCUGAUGUGUCCACUGACCAAGAAGAUGUUUAUUGAUCCUGUGAGAACGGUUUACGGCACCGUGUAUGAACGCAGGGCCAUUGAGGAACACCUGAAACAACACCAGUAUGAUCCUUUGGCCGGUCCAGAAAAUGAGCUUGAAAUGGGUGAUGUCACAGCGGACCCCAACAUGAAGAAAAUGGUGAUGGAACAUCGUUCUCGUCAAAUCAAGACAUGGGAGUAGGAAAAACUUUGAAGUUAAAGCAAGUUGAUUAUGCCUCAUUACUUCUAUUGAAUGCAUUCUCUGAGGAUUUCAGUGUUUGUGUUUGUUACAAUUAAAUAGGUUUGAACUACGUAAUGAUCAGAACCAAACCCAGAAUUUAUUGUUUGCUGUUCUUCUUAGUUAAUAAACAAGACAAAGUUUUGGUUGUGAACGAUUGUUUGCCCUGACAUCACUUCUACUUUAUAUGAACAGUGAUGGACACUUGUUUGUGCUGUCCAGUUUUCUUAUUCACCUUUUAUCACUCAGAUAUAUUCUGUAUAUAUAUUUUUUUGUUCAUUGUAUUCAUAUUACUAAUGAGAGAAGAAUAAAUUAAACACUACUUUCCAUAUUGAGGCUACGUACAUUGAUAUUGGUGUGAUAUUAAAUAACACACAGACAAAAGUAUUCUCUCAAUAACACGAUGCUCAACAAAAAUGUUUGUUACCUUUUAAAUAGUUAUGUAUCUCUUAAUAUUAUAAAGGUACUGGGUGUAACAUGCCAUAAUAAAAAUAAAAACAUAAUGGUAAAAUCUUAAA